AUGGCCGACUCCGGGAGCGAAGCAGCCACCAAGAGGCGUAAACUAAAGAAGAGGCCUUUCAAGCCCGAUGUCGGAGUAAUAGACGAGCCAGUAUUCAGCCGGGCCUCCGUCCUCGACAACGGCCUGAUAGGGGAGAAACCCCCCAGCCAAAACGGCCUGACGCGGGGGAACGGGUUUCGGCCGCCAAAAGAGGCAGAGAACAACCUCUACGCCCUCAACACGCUCCAGCUGGCAAGAGAGAGACCAUUGGAGGCCCUGAACGUGUUGCAGCCCCUCCUCUACCUCCAAGACCGGCUGCCUGAAACUGUCGGGGACCAGAUAUCGAUACUCACGCCUGGCCCGGUCAAUGUCUUCGGUGGCAGCGAGGCCAAUUUCGAGCGGAGACAGCUGAGACUGUACGGUACGGAUCUCGAGUUCUGGAACAGCAUCAAAGGCGCACAGUAUGUGUUCUGGCCCAUCCAAGCCGAGAAGGGGCAUUUCGUGACCGCUAUCUUCCACUCGUUGAGGGGCGACGAGGCCGAUCCCAACUUUGAUGAGACGACAAAACACCUCGGAAGACGGGAGCGGAGAGUGCGCGCGAGGGAGUACUCGAGGGUGGAAGCGUGGUCGGUCGUCGACCCGGUCCGCAGCGACCAGGCCAGGGCCCGGGUCACGCGCGUAAGAGACCGCAUCCAGCGUAUCUUCGCGUCGGAAGGCAGUAUUACCUUCGCCCCCGGCUCAUACAAGGACUCGGGGAUCCGCUGCUUCGCUCUGGUCAAGCAGAUGAUGCAGCGCAUCACGGACUUCUUCUGCCGCGAGGAGGGCUACCAGGAGGGGUCAUACUGGGACCCCGACACGUCCGGGUGGCUGAACGUCGACCAGGUCCGCUACGAAAUGAUGGGCGUCUGCGCCAUCAACUGCAUCAUCGACAUGGACUGGAAGGCUCGCCUGUCCGUCGAGCUGAUCGGGGACAUCACUACGACGCCGCCCGUCAAGAAGUUCGAUGCGAAAAAGUUGGGGCCUGACGAUUCGAGACUGAAGCCCUACGUGCCUAAAUCUGACAAUGACGACAAGGUCGAGUCUGCUAGUGGUCCGCAGGGUGGUCCGCAUGACGACAGCUCUUCGUCUUCUGGGUCUUCGUCUCCGUCGACUCAGUAUACUGACUCGGAUAUCGACGAGGCGGAUGACCAUAUUUACUGA